UUAGAUUUCAGUUCGGUUGACUAGAUUAUUUCUGGCUGUAUUCCGAUAUCAAACAGUUUGGAAAACAUUGUUAUCUCUUUUUUGUGGUUCAGUCAAUACUUCUUAGGAUUUGGUUAAUCGAUUUGAAUGAGCACUGCGGAUCCUGCUCUGCCUGGAAGUGCUGAUUCUUCUCCUGGAGAUGUUGCUGAAGACUGGGAAAAUGAUGAGGCAAGCGAGAGCAUGGAAAAGCAGCUUUCUGAGCGCUUCAAACAGGUCCGGAUUCUGCAGAGAGCACAGGCUGAUAAAGAAGCGCGUAAAGAAAAGGCAGCCAAAACUCAAGAAGAGGCUCGGUUGAAUCCAUCUUUGAUACCGACUCCAUCAGUGGUGGCUGCAGGUCCUGGAGGCGUACCGCCCGCUCCCGUACGGAUAUUGAGACGUCCCGAGAGUAGCGAGAAAAUAAGGGAAGAAAAAUAUCAAGCCCAACGAGCUAAGGCGGAAGAAGCAGCAAGAAAUCAGCUUACACCCGAGCAGAAAGAAGCUCUUUAUGUGAAAGCUAGGGAUCGCAUCUUAGGUCCAGAGUACAAGCCGGAUAACUCGCAAUGUGCGCAGAACGUUGCUGUCGUGAACAGAAGCAGAUCGCCCGAGCAGAUCCGUGUACCGCGUUUUUCCGACUUGCCUCUAGCAGCAUCACCGCUCGAUCCUUCAUUGGGUGGUCCAAUCAUGAUUACUUCUAUACCUCCGUCCACCAUGGCUCCACCUAUACAGACGAAGCAGUCACAACAAAAACCUGUGUCACUGCUGGCAAUGUCUAGCCCUCCAGUAGGGCUACCCAUGCAACAACCGAGUGCCAUUGGUCAAGACGUAAUUGGGCAACAGCAACCGUGUAUGGUAACUUCACCUCCUCCAUCGCAGCAAGCAAUGAACGCUUAUCCACAAUACGUCAUCGCUCAAUCUCAACAACAUAUACCUUAUGCCAUGACACUGGGAGGGAAACAGACGAUGGUGCCACCAUAUAUUGACACAACCCGCCCUCCUCCAGGAAUGUCGUUGCCUUCCAUGGCCGUGAACCCUCAAAUAGCAAUGUCAGGGGCGGGAAUGUCAGUAGCUCCCCCUCCUGGGAUGCGACAAGGCUACUAUAAUCCUCAGAACGUAGUGCCUAAUCCUCAGUAUCAAUUACGUCACUGCUUAUCUCAACAGCAACAGCAGUCUGGUCUAACAUACGGGCCUAAUGUCAUGUCAAUAUAUCCUCCCGGAACUCUGACAGCGGCUAUGCGAGGUACAGCAGAAUCAGGUUGUAGUGCAUCUAUAGCGACUAGCAAUGCUCCACACCCUCGAAAAGGGAAAAGAAACCGAAAUAAGCGAGAAAAUCAAUGAGUCAUUUUGGAUGUCAGUUCUACAAGGUGAUCACUCCAGAAUCUCUACGCUUUUUGCUUAGAUGUGUUAGUUUUAUCUACAUAGUAUCUUGAUAAGUCAAGUAGAAUUUCUCGAAGUUCAUUCUUUUCUUUCUUUUAUUCGGUGUAUGUAUCCUCUGGCAACCAAAUACGAUGCGGGUGUGACCAUCUUUCAUUGAUGUCAUAAAAGUUUAUUUAUAUGUAGUGUGUUGAGGUUGAUAGCAGCUCAGAAUGUGGAAGAAGUUGAUGGCUCAACACCCUGAUUUCUUCUUCCUUUUCCACAGCAGCUGUCAUCAUCUAACACUUAUAAAUCGUGCCGUUUUCUCCGCGAGAAGCACUUGUUUUAAUUAUUCUGUGAGCGUUUGAUCAGUCAACUUGUUCCGUUCAUUUCUUUUAUAUUUCGACACUCCGGUUCUGGAAGCUGUGAUAUGCGAUCAAACGUCGAAGUAUUCCUCUUCUUCCUCCUCCUAUUUGCCUUUUACAGAUGGAAUAUAUUAUUUCCUUCGACAAGUUUACCUCCUGAUUACUGUCUGUGUUGUGCAAAUAUCUACAGUCGCAUUGUUUGCAUACAAGAUGCUUGCUAGUGUAAAUCCACAGAUUUAAUUGAUACAUACGACGUUAAUUAAAUGAUUUUGUCAUUGCAAUCGAUAAAGAAUUAACAAC